AUGACUGAGCUGCUUCAAGAAAUCGUGCCAUAUACUGGCCUCACCGUGCUUCUCAUCGUGGUGAGCGUGUUCUGGGGCUUCGUCGGCUUCCUGAUGCCCUGGUUCAUCCCAAAGGGUCCCAACCGGGGAGUUAGCAUCACCAUGUUGGUGACCUGUUCCGUUUGCUGCUAUCUCGUUUGGCUGAUUGCAAUUCUGGCCCCACUCAACCAUCUCUUUGGACCACAGCUGAAAAAUGAAACCAUCUGGUACCUCAAGCAUCAUUGGCCUUGAGGAAGAAGACCUGCUCGCCAGUGCUCAGUCGCUGAGGUCACGAAGAGAACUCCUCUGGAUGCAAAAUCACCUCCAUACGCAGACCACCUUCCUUGACUCGCCCACUUUGGCCAUCAGCUGCCUUAAACGUUCCCACCACAUUUGAAUAUCUUAUUCUACAAUGCAGUAUUUUUUCCUAUCACAUUUUUCACGCUGUGAUGAAUGAUGUGUCUAUUGAAUCUAAACUGUGCUGCCUCUAUAAAAUGUUUAUGU